UCACAACAGUUAGCUUUUAUUGUGAAACGUUUGUUCUGUUCCCGUGUGCUCGUAUUUGUGUGGAUAAAACCGUGUUAUAUUUAUACUACGUGAAAGGACUCGAUCGAUUACUACUUUACCUAUAAAUACUAAACAAACAGCCAGCGGAGUUUGCUACCGUUCCAGCUGCUGCUGUUACUCAAAACAGUCUAUAAUAGUGGUCGACGCACGACGGAAAGCGAGAGCUGGGACCGACGGUGUUUGUGUGCUUUAGCUGUGUUGUACUUAUUUGUGAAACUCGCGACCUGCUUCGAUUCGAUAUAAUGGCCGUCAUCAUGUGAUAAUGAUUAGUGCCGCUGAUACGAACAGCAUUACUGCCGUGUAAAUGUACGUACGCCCACGACGGCCAUUCUUUGCAGCCAGCCAGAAGGGCUCAAUCUAGCAGCGUCGUAAAAAUCGAUUCCCGCAGCAGCAGCAACUGUUGUUGGUGUUGUUGCUAAAUUACAAAGUGCGUGAGCAACCAACACAGCGACGAAAUCAGUGCACUGCAUACUGUUGUUCUGUUCUGUUCGAUAAUUAGUUUCUAAAACGUGCCACCCUCGCGCAUCCUAGAAGCAACGUCACCCGUGAAGGCCGAAACUGGGCCAUCACAACGUAUUCCACGGGGGGGUAGGAAGCAGGAAGACAAGAGCAAUCCCCUAAAAAUUUAUAAAUAUGCACUACCUGCGGCUGUGUGCUUAGUGCUAUGAUUGACUGCAAAGUUUGACCCAUUCUAUGUCGAAGGGAAGAAGAGCACCAAAGUAGGCGCUGGCACAAUCAUUCCGUGAUAAGUGAAUCUAAUGUUAAUGUUGAGUUGAGUGUCCCCACCUCCCGUAACCACCACCCAAAAUACUAAAUGCAAUCGCGUCGGAAACCUUUAACUACGACGAUUACCUAACCGAAAACACAGACACCAGCGCAUAGCGCUGCUGCUGCUGCUUCUACUAGCACACGCACACACAGACACGGUGUUAGUGACGUCGGUUUGGUAAACAUUGCGGUACUCACGCGGUCGGUUCGUCUGCCUGCAACCAAUCUGUCAUCAAUCAAUCCCGUGCUCCCGUGUCACUCUGUGGCCGCAAGACCAAGGGUGGAUUCUGGGGAUCCUGAUGAAUCGGUGGUGAAUAAUUGCAUAAUCAAGAAUUGGAUCGUACACGCACACUGCUGCCGGGUCCGGGGCGCUACCGAACGUCACUAUAGCAACACACACUCAAACAACCACUCACCGGGAUUGCCCUCGGCUAGAGUGUAAAUAAAAAUAAAUAUCAGUUCCGCGCCCGAAACCGACCGACGCAGCCACGGGUUUACGUGUAGAGUUUACACGUAUUCUAAAUCGGAAAUCACGAGAACGAACGGGACUCUCGCGUGCAAUAUACCGACGAUACCAACCAACCAACACGGCGACGGCGGUCGCUUCGCUGGCUCGUGCGUGCAUGUGGUCGUUGCUGCUGCUGCGGCGCAGUCAUCCAUCUUCGAUUUCGUCACCCACACAUACAGGCGCGGAUGCGCGAGAUUCGCUGCUGCAUCGCGCUCUCGGCACGGUUGUGGCAACAGCAGGGCACUAGUAUUGUGCAGUAGGCCUAGGCGGAGAGCUGCGUGUUUUUGGCCAUUGGCAGCCAAGUGUCCAGUGGCUCUGUGUGGCAUAGCGAUAGCAAAACGAUAGCUCUGAACCAGGGCGGAGUAAGCAAGCGAGCACUACAUCGUCGAGUGCGCUCGGAGCCGAACGAGCGAAAGAGACAGCAACUGCAAGGAGAGAAGUUGGAAUAUGGCUGUGUUUUUAAUUAACAUAUGCAAGUUCAAUGGUUGUGGCAUUACGUUUCCCAGCUUGGGUGAUCUGAUACAGCACAUCGAGGAUACACACAUUGACUACGACUCGCAGAUCCUCGGUCAAAAGGAGAAAUCUCAAUCCACUUGUCUUCCGCUGAGUUACGUCCUUCGCUUCAUCACCGAUCCGUCGUCGCGCAAGGAGAAUGCACUGCUGAAUGGCGGCAGUGCCGGAGUCGGCGGCGGCGGUGCCCUCAAGGGAGCAUCAGGAGCAGCCGGCGGUGCAGCCGCCGGCGAUGGGACCGGUUAUCAGAGUACACCGCCCGGGACACCGGGCAGCACCAAUUCGUCGCUACUCGGCAGCAAUGGCAGCCUGGUGGGGGGAAUUCUUUCCGGUAGCGCAGCUUCGACGGGUGGCGGUGGCGGUGGCAAAGCAAAUGCCCCCGGUACGGGUGGCGGCGGAGGAGGCGGCGGCGGCGGUUCUGGAACUGGAGAGAAACUGACGCCGACUGGAUCGGCUGGUACAGAUAUGAAGCGCAAGAUUGCCAUUAAGCAUCACAGUUACAGUAUGUCGUCGUCUAAUCGGAGUACGACUCCUACCGGAAGCGAGAUGGAUGAUGACGAUAUGAUGGUAUCCGAGUCAGAGGACAGCAAUGAUUCCUGGACUACGGAGGAGUUCAGUUCGGAAUUUAUUAUGCGCUACGGAAGCAGGCGGCAUUCUUCUUCCGGUGCCAAUGGACUCAACUCGUCCAAUGAGAAACCGUUCGCAUGUCCUGUUCCGGGUUGCAAAAAACGCUAUAAAAACGUCAACGGUAUUAAGUAUCACUCGAAAAAUGGCCACAAAAAGGAUGGAAAUCGCGUCCGGAAAGGCUUCAAAUGCCAUUGCGGAAAGAGCUACAAAACUUCCCAAAGGCUAAAAAAUCACCAACUAAGUACACACACGAACCCGGUAGUGGAUUCCGGUGGUCUACAAUCAACGCUCAGUGCGGCUGCAGCAGUACAGCAGCAACUGUCCACGUCCUCGUCGUCGUCCUGUACCUCUUCUGUGUCGUCGUCCGUCGUUGCAUCUUUAUGUUCCUCCGUUAGCAGUAACAGUAAUAAUCACACUAGUAGUGGCAAUGCGAUAGUCGUCACCGGUGGUGCCGUAGCCAUCGCCACUGCAGCAGCAGCAUCUAGUCAAAUUGCUUCAUCCUCCUCGAGUUCUUCAUCGUCAUCAUCAUCGUCGUCCUCUUCGUCAUCAUCGUCGUCGGCUGGUUCGCCCAAUGGCAAGUAUGAUAAUCUGGGUAUUUUGACACCGGCCACAUCGCCCAAGCUGACGCUGAUGAACACUGCCUGUAGUGGUCAGGAGAAUUUACUUCCCAUAACGCCAAUCAGCCCGAACGGUAGCAGUGCCGUGACUGGCACUGCCGCGGGCGGCACUGGCGGAAGCACUGGUGGUGGCGGCGGGGUUGGAGGAGGAGGUGGUGGCAGUGGCGGCGGUGGUGGAGGUGGAGGUAGUACGACUACUCUGGUAAGUAGUAAAAAUUCGGCUGUGUUGUCCGCGGCUACUCUGGUGAGUCAGCUGCAAACCGAAGAGACGUAGCCGAUACUCAAGAACCUAUUGUUGAGAAAGUGUUGAAGGUAGUCGCUGCGCGAAUCGAGACACCAACCGGAACAAAAAAAAACUAUUCACGGUUCGCGAGAUCUUUCGUUUCUUUGAUUAUUAACUAGUAAAAAAAUACGCUUUUAUCUAUACCGACACCUUGGUCAAAUACAGAGAUAUAACUAGUAGGCAAAACAACCUAAAACAUACACAAAUUGUAAGUAAAUUAUUAUCGAAAUAGAAACAGUUUAGAGCUUUGAACGAUUAUUAUCAGUAAUAUUCAGAAGGACGAAGAAAAAAAUAAGUGUUUCACCCAAAUUUAUUGUUGUAGAUCGGUAACAAAAAAAAACUUACACACAAAAGAAGAAAAAACAAUAGCUUGGUAAUAAUUCAUAGGUAUAGGAAACAAACUUUGCAAAUCACGCGUAAAAUAGUAGCUGUCCUGUCUCUAUUUCCACCAGUCCUGCCACUUUGGCGGACAAUAAACAAUCUAAUUUACCGAAGUCGAUUCCGUACUUAAAACUAAUAACCAGAAAAUGUAGGUUAGAAACAGCAGUCUUUUCUGUUAUGUCAUCUAUUUCUCUAUUGUACAUCGAUCAUUGUUAAUUAUUAUUUUAUAAUUUUAGUGUCUGUGUAUAUGUUUCAGCUUUUUAUUACUAGGCAGAAAUAACCUAACAUGAGCAAGUAUAAUAAACAAAACACUAAUCUUUCAAUCACAGUUUAAGACUAACGAAUCGCCACAUAUUACCGCAGAAACAGAAACACUAAAAUUGCAUGUAAAUUCCGAGAAGAUAAUCAGGAAACAAUAGAUCAACUUAUAACAAAAAAAAACUUUCAGAUCUCAGACGGUGUUUGCUUGUUGCUUACUUGGUAGCUUGGAAUAAAGAAGAUAGACUAUCACAAGCUUACAGAAGAAAAAAACACGAGCAAGCGCAAAAGCAAGCAAAACAACUAAAAAAAUUUAAAAGAAUGCUAAUGAUACCAAAUUUAAA